AAUUCCCCGUAACACUACCAAAACGUAAAAAACAAACACGUAAACGACCGGGAAAGAAGAAACCAACCACCGUAAGAAAAUUAUCCUCGGAGCAACACCGAUGACUCUACGGACAAGCACCACAAGAAAGAGACACUCCCCCAUCCCCUCACCACCCCUCUCCACUUCAACUUACUCCUCCGCACCAUCAACCUGCUCAAAAACAUGCUGCAACAACCCCUGCAUCGCAGGCCCCUCUUUCUUCCCCAACAAACGGCCUAAAUCACCCACACCUCCAUUUACACACUACUCCAGCAUUUCGAAUCCGUACCUUGGACCCGCGCGACUGCGUUGUGCACCACAUGAGUAUCCGCGGCAGAGUCGGAAUGGGAGGGUGGAUAAGGGAAAGGAGAGGGUACAGGAGGGAGUGACGACGAUGGAGCGAGGAAGAGGUGGAGUCAUGAUUUUGUUGCUCGUAUGCGAGAAGAUAGUAAUAGUAGACGCAAGACUGCUUCUCCAGCUAUCUCCAUAUCCUCGCUAGCUCCUGCACAGCCGCACGUCGUUCUCGCCUCAUCGAUACCCAGAUGCGAUAGCAUGGAGCCCGAGGCUCAGAUGACGAAUGUCACGCCACUCCUUACUGUGCUGUCACCGCAGCCACAAUCACCACCAGCUCAGCGCCAAGCGCAGCGUGUUGCGAAAGAGAGUAGCGAGAAAGUGGCAGAGAAAGAAGACAAGAGCAAGUUGC